GUCAUUCCCUAUACGAGACCUGCAAAUGCUGGACUACAUUUGUUGCGGAAGAACCAUAAAGACUGAGAACAUAUUAGAGUGGAUUUAACUCUAAAUUCAGACUUUUAUGUAUCGAGAAAAUACAUAAUGUGUUUUUGCUCUGGAUGUUAUUUUGUCUAAAAUGUAAGUUAUUUCCUUUUGUGGACUUUGACUCCUCAGACCAUCAUCAUGGCAACCAAGAGCCCAGCCCGUGUUGUGCUCAUGUUUGUUGGAUUGCUUACCUUUUUGGCUGCUAUCACCUUCAACUCUCUAUCAGGAUUUGGUGCUAAAUCAGGUGUUUUCAAGCAGAGUACAGAGGAUGUGACACUCAAGUAUACAACACCCAUAACUCCUGCUCAGUGGGCUCUGUUUGUCUGGGAUUUCAUAUAUAUUUGGAUUCUUGCUAUGUUUAUAUACUUUUUAGUAGGACUCUGUAGACGGACUGCUCAUGACUGGAUGUACACCACGCCUGCAGUGUUACCCUACGGGUUUCAUGUCUCUAUUAUCAUCAAUUUUUCCUUGAAUAUUACAUGGUUGUUUCUGUUUGACAGAGAGUUGUUGCUGCCAGGGCUGAUAACCUCAGCACUUAUGACAGUCACCGAUUACAUGAUCCUAUUCUUCUCCUGUCAUGGACUGAAGAUCUAUGGAGCCUGGUUGAACAAAUAUCGAAACGCAGACCUUUGGCUCAUCAGAAUAUUGGUGCAAAAUGGAGUAGCAGUAUAUGCAACCUGGGGGACUCUCUACACUCUACUGAACUUGACGAUAUACUUACAAUAUCAGACAGAUAAAUCGAGAUGUGAUUGUGCAAUAUUGUCACUGCUGCUGCUUCUGAUGAAGCUGUUAGCCUGGUUUCUGUUAGAGAACUUCUACCUUGAUGAGCAUGUGCGUUAUAUUGUGACCAUUUACCCUGUGGUAAUCCUGUGGUUGACAGGCACCCUGAGCAAUUCUACCUCUCUUGAUAGUCCCAUUUACAUCUUUGCAGCUUGGAUCCUAGCUAUUUCCUGCGCCAUGUUUGUGGCACGAAUUGCCCUGGUCACAUGGAGGCAUCACAAACGACAGCUUUACAACACCAGUGCACCCACUAUGUCACCAGUAGAAAUAUCCUUGACACAAAGAAAACUCUUUCUAUAAUUAUUAUUAUUAUUAUUUUUUUACUCAUUCUUUUUUUGUUUUUUCUUUCCCAGUAGUGUUCUUCUGGAUGGCAAUCUCAGUCAAUCGAUAUGAAAUUUACAGUCGAUUUAAACACUACAAUCAAAGUGUAAAUAAUGCUAAAAUGUGAAAACUAAAACAAUUGUGCAUUACGCAGCUCACAUAAAAAUUACUCUACAGUUGUUUAACAAAUAAAAGAAAAAAUGGAAGU